AAUGGGCAGCACAUAUGAUGGCUACUGCAAGGGUCAUAUGGGCACGAAUUUAUCGACCACGCACAAACCCUAGAAAUCGGUUUCAACACGCACAAAUUUGCCCCUUGACAACUUCAAUUUCAUCAACACCGAUCACACUUAACUCAGGAGCUACACUCUCUUCCAGCUCCCCCACUUCACUUUUCACUACACUUUCAAUGGCGUCUAACGGUGGCGGAGGAGGCGAUGAUGGUAAUAAGGUUUUCAAAAUUUCUUCAUCAAGUAGUUUCAAAAUUCAAAGAGGUGAUAUCACGAAGUGGUCUAUCAAUGGUACUUCUGAUGCAAUUGUAAAUGCAGCUAACGAAAGGAUGCUUGGAGGUGGGGGUGUUGAUGGAGCAAUUCAUAGAGCUGCAGGACCCGAACUACGAGCAGCAUGUUAUACCAUUGCAGAGGUUCGUCCUGGAAUUCGCUGCCCAAAAGGAGAAGCCAGAAUUACUCCAGCUUUUAAGUUGCCCGUUUCCCAUGUGAUUCACACUGUUGGUCCCAUUUAUGAUAUUGACAAUCACCCAGAAGUUACUUUAAGAAAUGCCUACAGAAACUGCAUAAAGCUUGCAAAGGAGAGCAACAUAGAUUAUAUUGCAUUUCCUGCCAUAUCUUGUGGUGUCUAUGGUUAUCCAUAUGAAGAAGCUGCUACAAUUGCAAUAUCCACUGUAAUUGAAUCAGAUGGCGACUUCAAAGAGGUGCAUUUUGUUCUAUUUGAAGAUGACGUUUAUGAUGCUUGGUUGGAGAAGGCAAAUGUAUUGCUUUAGUUGCUGCCCACACCCAACAGUUUAUUAAGAUUCAACAUAAUGACAUCCCUGCCUUAUUAGACUCACAGAUUAAGGAGAAAACAGAAACUUCUUGUGUGGAGUGCACGUCCUAUAACAAUAAUCGGUGAAAUGGGUGUCCAAUAAAUCAAACACUAGCUUUUGGUGUGUAUUAGCAGUGUUAUGUACCAUUUUAUAUAUGUAACGGAACUGAUUGAGAAAUUCUGAUCAUGAUCCAACAUAGGAUUCGAUAUUCAAAUAAAAUAACACAAAUCCUGUCAAAA